AAGUGCGUGCGCAUCGUUGGGCUCCUCCGGUGUUCGCUUUCCUGGAGUUUUGGAGUGCGUGCUUUUCCUCCUUUCGGUUCGGAUACAACGUGCCAGCGAACGAAAAUGGGAUUUUGUUUUCCGGCAUUGAGUUAAACAAACCAGUAUAUCGUGGUGCAUCGUGGUGUUGCCGUAGUGGCUGGCAGGUUGGCAAAAGGAAAAAGGAGAAGCAGCAGACCCCGGAAUGUGUGUUUGCCGUUUGUGUGCCGAGCCAUAACCGUGUGAAGUGGAACAUUUUCCGACCAAGCGAAACAACAGUUCUGGUGCAAUUCUGGUGCCACCUUUCGUUUCGGAACGAACACCGCGAAAACAAAGUGCUCUCAAGUGUUGUCAACAGGAUCCCGCGACUUCUGUGAACAAAAAGGAUCAAUUGCUGCGACCAUGAGGUGGCUAAUCGUGUUACUUUUGGUGUCCGUGGCACUAGCUGCGGGGGAGAAGAAACCCGAGAAACGUCCCGCCAAAAAAGCUCACUCACAGAAACCGACCAAGGCACCGAAAUCGAUUCUGGACGAAUUCACCGCUCUGCCACCGUCCGAUGUCGAUUUUAUUAAGGAGCUAGACCGUCAGUUCGCGGAACAUGGCAACAAGAUUCGCAUCAAAGUGGAGCGCAGCAAUGGAACGGACGGAAAGAACAUCAAACGAACAGUUGACGGUGAUCUGGGCUAUGGUCACUAUAGCAACCAGGACGAGGCUGGGUAUCAUUUUUCCAAGCCGAAAUAUAUGAUCUACCCGUACUCCCAGCACGAUAUACCGCCAGCAAGGGCAACGCACAGUACCGCGGAAACGGUCACUGACAUCGAGAUAACGCCAUCACACAGCUACGAACUGAAACCGAUCGAGGAGGUCUACCAGGUCUACCCAACGCAGCAGUACUCGCACGAACAGCAACAGCAAUACUACCAUCAGCAGAUACAGUCGCAGCAUCAAGCCAAACAGCUCUACCAACAGGAGGAAGCCCCUGUGAUAGUCUUGAAGAUUCCUGGUCCCUCUAAGUACGCUGCUCAUUUGCAAGCGCUGCUACAACAGUAUCUAGAGAUUCGCGCUGCACAGCUGUACAAGGAAUUGGAAGAGCACGAAUAUCAACAGCAGCAGCAGCACCAUGCCCAGCAACAGCAAUACCAUCAGCAGCAGCAACAACAUGCACAUCAUUAUGUGCAGGAGCAACAGGUACACCAGCAUCAUCAUCACCAUCAUCAGCAGGAGCAGCAGCAGCAGCACCAAGAUGAGCAGUCCGAGCAUGAGCAUCACACUCAAACGAAGUACAGUCAACCAGAUCCGGUCUAUCCGACGGAGAUUGCCUACGUGCCAAUGAUCCGCACCAGUCACAAUACCUACGUGCCUCUGCCAGAGCAAUACUAUGAUGCGCCGAAGGCUACUGCACGCCCCACCAAACAUCCCAACUAUCGAAAGACAACUGUUACUCCCACUCACAUCUCGUUCCAUAGUACCGCUCAGCCGGAACCGGCGUAUCACUAUCAGACGUACCAUGCCGAAACGGAACAGCAACAACACCAUGGCCAUAACCACGCAUCACAAGGACACACACAGAUUCAGUAUCAGUAUGUCCCUGUCCAGCAAACAAGCGCGCACGAGGAAGAGCACGAAACGCAUCAAUACGUUUACGAGAAGCCCGCGAUUAACUUUGUCACCCCCGUGCCGGAUGAAGCGCAUCAUUCUCAACCUGAUCCUUACCAUCACCAUCAUCAGCAACAGCAGCAGCAGCAGCAACCACCGAAGAAGUACCCCAACUUUGCCGAAUAUCAUCAUCACCAUCGACCACAGCAACAGCAGGAAGAGGACUAUCUGCCCGAACCCAAAUUGGUUGAGAACUAUCCGAGCCACAAGCACACCCGCGUCGUGUACAAGAGUCCUUCACUGAAAGCUGAACUGCAGCAUGAGGUCACGGCACAGCAUCAUGAGCAUGAUCACUAUCACCAUGCACAGGUAGAACAGCAGGAAGCGGCUCAGUUUGUCCAUCAGCACCAUCCACAACAGCAGCAUCAGCAGCAACAGUACAUCCUGCAGGAGGUGUAUCCUUCGCAGGCAUCCUACUUCGAGGACAAGUCAUUCGUGGAAUCCGUCGAUCAGCAGGCAACAACGGACGCGACCGAGAUGGCUGUGUCACCCCACUACAACACCGAACCUGUCGUUACGAUCACGCAGCGUCCGAAACAGCGCUACAACUAUCAUGCCCACUCGUCCGGACAUCACGGAGGUGGAGGCUCUCGUGGAUCUCGAAUGGCCGCCGCCAAUGGUAGCACUGCCCGUCCACGGAUGAGCAGCUCGAAGGCUUCUAGCAAACGGGAUGCCAUUGCAAGCCCUACGACAGGUCCCUACACGGAGGAAGAGUUCCGUAAGGUUAACAAGAUGGUACAGCGCAUGAAGAAGAAAAGCCGCACGGCGAUCGAUCCAGCUACGGUGACCGUAUCGAGUGUAGCCACUGGAUCCACCAGCCCGAGUCCUAGCGCAUAGAUAAGCGCUUCCCGUGCCGAAACAGUAAAGUCUAGUGAAUCCCUCUUCUGUUAGUAAGAUCUUCUGCGAUGUUACUAAACGCUAACGUGAAGCUGUUCGUAUGUUUACCGAGUUUUGUACUUAAAUUAUUAGUUGCAUACGAUAUCGAAGUGCUGCUUCAUUCGUUCCAAUUAUGGAUGAUAGACUGUAGAGAGGAAAUAAGUUGGAGUUGGAGUGUCAUCCCACAAGAGAGGUAGGGCCAAUCGAUGGAAGGAUAGAAAAAGGACUUACAAGCCAAUGUGGCUCAUUUGUAAAUUAUCCACGACCCAGUUAAUAAAUAAAUAAAGCUAGAUAAUCGAAUACUA